UAUUGCGUAGAAACAACGAGUGCUUUUUCAAAAUAGAGAAAUUAUAAGUAUAAGAAUAGGUGAAGUUUCACAUCCUUUAACUUUUUGCGGCACCAACAAUAAUUCACUUAUCACCUUUGGAUGAUUUUACAGAGAACAUUUGCAGUUUUCCAUUGAGUGAAUCAAGAUGAACAAUGGUAGAAACAAUCAAGAGUCUACUGAGAGAGGUAUGUUUUCACAUAUAGCAGGCUAUCCAGCAGCACCAGCCUAUCCUCCACCACAUGGUUCCUAUUCCUGUCCACCUCAAGGAGGCUAUUAUCCACCACAAACUGCAUAUCCACCACAAGGAAGUUACUAUCCUCCCCAAUAUCCACCACAUGCAGCAGCAGGGUAUCCACCUUCCGGUUACCCUCAUUCAGGUUAUCAUCAACCAUCUUAUCACACUCCACAUGCCUAUCCGUCCGCGUAUCCUUCAGGACGUGGAGCCGGUAUAGGAUUGUUCGCAGGUUUGGCGACUGCAUAUGGUGCUCAUCAUAUGUCAUAUGGACAUGGAGGUUAUCAUCAUGGUUAUGGACAUGGGAAGUAUAAGCAUGGAAAAUUUGGCAAACAUGGGAAGCAUGGUAGGUAUGGUUAUGGCAAGUUUAAGCAUGGAAAAUUUGGCAAGAAAUGGAAAUGAUGCAGAGGACAAUAUAUAUAAUUCAAUAUGCAACUUUGAGCAUGAACUUUUAUAUGAAUAAUGUAUGCUAAUUGCUAUUAGUAACACACUAAGUUUCAAUUUGAUGUUUGCAAUAAACAAUUUGCUCAUUUGGGAUUACAAAACCUUUUGUGCAAAGUUAUGUGAAGUUGUAUGUAUGGUAAACAAGUAAUAACAUAUUGGGAAGAGACUGUCUUGUGAAAUUAAUGCAUUUUGUUUAGUUGGAAA